GUUAGCAUCAGCUCUCUUCACUGCUGACGUCUUUCACGUCAGAGGUAGGAGUAGACGAAGAAAUGUUCCUUUUCCCUCUUCUUGCUGCUAUCUCACAAUGACGGAAGACGGAUGUUUGGACAGGUUAUUGACUAUUUCUGUAAUUCCUGCGCAAACAAUGACGGAGCCAAGGGAUCAGAUGAGGAGAACUUCACUCAUUCAGAACAACUUGAGGAGAGUGAGCCGCACAGAAGACAGCAGUCCCUAUCCCAUUCCUGGACUUGCGACAGACUUUCUGCACAUGAGAGUGAAAGAAGGAAGCAAGAUCCGUAAUUUACUGUGCUUUGCGACGGCUCGCAUGCAAGGCGAAGGCAAAAACAGCAGUGGGACGUCGCUGAGACAGGUGGUCUUCACUGGCUCGGACAGAGGGGUCACUAAGACGAUCACUUGUGUGGAGAUCCUCAAACGCAAAGUGGCAGGACUCCACCAGGUGUCCAAGCUCUACUACAAGACAGUGAAUGAGGUUUGGGAAGGUUCCCAACACAGAGACACGGGUAUAACCACACAGAGGACAGUCCCUGCCAUCUGUAUCCUGCUCUCCAAAGACCCUCUCAAUCCUCAGGAGCCCGGAUACCAACCUCCACGAUCUGUGAGCACAGAGGACACAGGGGCAUGUGGAGUUGUGCUCAGGACACCUCACAGUCCACCGUCAGCUAAGAGACCACGCAUGGAAGAUUGGAGCAAAUUUGCUACUUCACCUCCCAAACUGUGCCUCCAUUGACAAGCAGAUUUUAGGGUGGCAUGAUUGAGUUACCAGGACAAUAACAUGGCGAGAGAAAGUGCGUGUUAACCCCUUUAUAGCACAGCUGUUCAACUGGCAGCCUAGACAGAGAAGAACCAGCCUGCAAGUACGGUCAAAGGCUCUUUGACAAGCGUUUUUGCUGUUGGUCCUUGAAAAACAGCAGAGCAAAAGAGACUACGACCACCCUCCAGACAGGGAAGCUGUUUCUUUUGCAUCCAUUUUCUAUACCGCUUGUCCUCUUUAGGGUCACAGGUGAGCUGGAGCCUUGACGGAAAAAACAUAAGUAAAUUAUGAAGACAUAAAGAUGUAGAAAUGGUGUGCUUUUUUUCAACAGUGGUACAUGUACGCCGUAUUAGACUUCUUCAAAAUACAGUCAAACUUGUCUAUAGCGGCCACUAGAGGGAGUCUGCAAAAGUGGCCGCUAUAGACAGGUGGCCUCUAUAGACAGGUUGGCAUCCAGUUUAAAUGUUGACCAGUAGAGGGGACUGCGGAUAAAAGUUGUACAACAAUACUAGGCUUGUUAUUAUCAUGGUUCAUGGUUUUAAUCCUGAACAUGCAUAUGAGUCAAACAGUAGCACAUCACAUAGUACAAUUCACAAUUUUGCAUGUCCAAAAAGGAGUAGGAAGAAGCAAAGCUUAUUUAAUCCUACCUCUCAUCAGUUGCAAUACAUUUAUUCACCUCUUGUUCUUCCAAGUGUACUUUGUAGGUCUACAUGACAAUGUAGUGCAAUCAUAGCCAAGGUUUUUACUUACUAAAAGGAAGCUAGAGGCUUAAUAAUAACUGAUAGAAUAUAUCCACCACCCACAGAACAAAGCUGUGCUAGUAAUGUCUUACGCUUGUUUUUAAUAUUUUACUUUUUAUACGGCAGAGUGUCAUUACAGCUUUAGUUCAUCAGGAAGUGACGGUGGGCGUCCCGAGCAGGAGAGCUAGGCUCAGUGCUAGCUGUGAGUUUGGAGAGAGUUGGGAAGUGUGUUUAUGUUGGCGUGGAUGUAAAGUCCUGCAGUGUUCUCCGCUGUUAAUAAAGCCAUUAAAGUGCCUCGGCGACGUGAGUCUCUCCUUCCCCACAACAAGCAGCAUUACAGUAUUGACCAGUGCACACCAGGAAAUAAACGGUGUCAUUUCUUACAGGCAUUGGCUGGACAGCUAUGUAGUGGGGCUUGUUUAACCUUUGCCUUGUGGGCAAGCAGGAAGGAGAGACGAUGCUGAGAGAUGUGUGUGUGUUCUGAGCUGCUGUCUGGUGGCCGCGUUCAAGAAAUAAAGUUGGCAGAAGCAACAGGAGAAGUUUCCUUCUUUGCUUCGGAGCUGAAUAACACUGACAAGUUAACAGACUAGUAGCGAACGGAAAAGAAGACGGCUUUGUUUGUGUCGAAUACAGAAGAUGAGGACUUUGAUGGAUUUGUGGAUGAGGAUUGAUGAAAAAUAACACAUACUCCAGUGCCUUGUUGCAACCAUCACGGCCUGACCAUGUGGACACAGGUCGCAGGAGCCACUCGAUGCCAAGGGUGUCAAGCAGAAGAUGACUCUCUGGGCCAAUCAGAUCCGGUACAGUCGUCUUGGCUGUAACCUGAGGGAACACAGGUCUCCCUCUCCUGAAACUAUCUGGCUUCUCAGUGGCGUGCAGCUUAGUGGCAACGUCCUGUUUAUCACCAUCACUGAGCCUGGUGCUGAAGAGAGCAAAUGGCACAACCUCUUGUGUCAAGUACCACCUGUGGUUCUGAAGUUUCUGAAGCACCGCUUCUGCAAUUUCUGGGUCGCUUCUCUUGAACUUGAGCAUGUCCUUCCUGAAUUGCAGAUCAUUCACGGGAGCAUCAGCAGCAAACGUUGCAGUCAUCCACAUUGGCGUGUAGAACAGAGACAGAAAGACAUUGAGGCGUUCCAGCUUUGCCACAGUGUCAUCAUCAUAGUGCAUCUGUUCUGCAAACAUGUACAUUUUCAUGGAGUAGAUAUUCCUGGCCAACCAUCUGGCCUGAUGGAUGGCUCCAGGAUGACUCCAGUGGAUGCCACGAGGAGGGGUCCCACCAAGCAGUAUGACUGUCAGCUCUGACAUCUCACGAUAAUCUGCUCUUGGAGACUUCUCAGAAGUCAGUAUUCCCUGGAGCAGCUCCCCACACUCCUUCUUCUUCUCCUUCAGCCAUCCUUGUCUGAUGGACAGGUUCCUGGGGUUGUCUGUAGUAAGAUCUGUCCAUGCAUCCUUGAAUGCUUUGAACCGUGGAUUGUCUUUUACUCUGAUUUUGUACUCUGUCAACACCCCAAAAUGCAGAUUUUUUUCAGUUUUUUUCACUAAAUAUCAGAAAAAAUACUUGUGUAAAUGUUUCUAUGCAUACUAUUGUAUCAGUCAGAGUGUAACUACUUUCUAUAACCUGCUUGUGCAAAUUUAUUAUUGAAAACAUAGGUGGAAAUAACCCUCUGAAUGCUGUGAAACCAGAAUUUCGGAAAAUGUGCCAUGAAAUUGUGAAUGUGCAAGGAUCCACUGUAAAUAACUUAAUUGAACCCUUGCUUGCCUGUUAUGGAAGUGGACUAUGGGGAGGGGCUGCGAGGGAGGACACAAAUGUAUUGUACUUGAGCGCGCUCCCUUGUGUGACAGGCUCCUAAACUUAAGACAGAAAUGUCUGGACUGUGCAUUACACCUCACAGCUUUUUGAGUCAAUGUUAACAUCUAGACAUGGGUUGAUAGAAAAUAAGGUUAAUAUAUAAUCACAUUGUACACAUCCGUACUGAGAUGUUACUUACAUUCAUUUUAAUUGCCAUAUGAUGCUUCUGGGUUCUAAUCUCAUGUCAUCUGGUAGAUUAUUAAAGUGGAAUCCUUCCAAAUAUCACAGACUAUCUAACAGAGUAUGAAGCUAUAGUAUAUUGCAAUAAAUUAAAAGUGCUUUCUGCAGUGCCAUUCAUAAUAAAAUGCCCAAACCAAUGGAUGUUCAAAUUCAA